AUGUUUUUGGCCCAGACAAGUCCGGCGCCAAGUCGUGUGGCUGCCCUGCGUCCUUCAACCAGUUCAGAGAGGAAGCAGCAUUCCUGGGUGGCUGCGGGAGCACCUUCUCAGAGGCUGUUCAGCAGCUGCAGCGGCGAACGCACGGAACGGCCUGCGUCUGCGCUUCCGUCGUCUGGUGCAACGACUGGAGCGCUGCACUGGACCCGGCGCUCGCUGAUUCAAACAACGCUGUUGUUGGCUGCGGGCUGUGUGGCGGGUUCACCUGCUCUCGCGGAGAAGGCGACAGCGGAAGCACCAGCAGUUCCGCGGGACGUUCGCAACCAGCUCGAGCUGUACGUGGAUCUUCAGCGCGGUUACAAGAUGUAUCGCCCGAAGGGCUGGAACGAGUUUGACGGAGACCCAGGGAAUACGAAAUACGAGAAAAAAUUCCAAGACAUCAUUCAGCCCCUGGAGUUUGUGACCGUGUUCUCGAUCCCUGUGAAACCGGGUAAAACGCUGGCGAGCCUCGGCGAUGCGGAAGCUGUCGGGAAGCGUCUUGCGGAGCAGCGCGGCGCAACGCUUGUCGCUGCCAACCAGAAGGAGUCGGACGGUAUUCUUUACUACGUGUUCGAGUACGUGCGAGAGCCUGCACAUCAGCUGAGUCUGCUAACGAUCAACCGCGGCCGCUUGUUCAGCGUGAACGCCUGUGCGAGUGAGGCGAGAUGGAAAAGGCUGGAAAAGCUCCUGCGAGCAGUUGUUGAUAGCUUCGUCCCACAGCUCUAG